UUAUAUAGAAAGUUACAAAACGGUUAUGUGCCAAAAUUGGUUGGAGAGGGCACAAUGCAGUUUUGGAAAAAAUUGCCGUUUUGCUCAUGGCUUUGACGACUUAAGGACACCAACGCUUCCUCUUCCCAUCAACGAGAAGUACAAAACUCGUCUUUGUGAAAAAUAUACAAGUCGUGGAGUUUGCCCUUACGGUAGUCGCUGUUUAUUUAUUCAUCCUGACAACGUCCAAAAUAAUUUGCAAACAAAUUACAUCCAAAGCAAUUACCUCAACACGACUGAUUAUUUUGCUAGAUCAAUGCCUACCUGUCUAAUUAAGAAGAAAAACAAUAAUCUUUUUCCGCAGGUUUUCUUUUAG